CUACUGCAGGCACGGGUGGGGAGCUAACCAGGACCUUAGGCUCUCUUCUGGAUUCAAGUCUCAGGCACCUAUGGGUCAUGUGGCUUUAGAUAGCUUGUUAACGAGCAAGUACCAUCACAUGGAGCUGAUUGUCUUAAACCACCAUUUAAAAUCUACCCCUAAAGGUGGGAAGGAGGAAGGACUGUAUGGAUACUGGAGAGACACCCGGGAGAGGAAACAGGAAAGCUGAGGUUGGCAAACAUGAACAUCUUCUGUGCUUCAGUGCUUCACCAGCUAUUACACUUGCCCAUGAGUCUUUGAGAACAUUAUAAUGUCCCUUUGUGCCUCUUCUCACAAGGAGUUUUCUCAGUUGUUACCUAUUCAAGACAUGGAUAUCAAAAACUCACCAUCUAGCCUUAACUCUCCUGCCUCCUACAACUGCAGUCAAUCCAUCCUACCCCUGGAGCAUGGCCCCGUAUAUAUACCCUCCUCUUUUGUAGAGAGCCGCCAUGAAUACUCAGCCAUGACAUUCUAUAGCCCUGCUGUGAUGAAUUACAGUAUUCCCAGUAGUAUCAGUAACUCGGAAGGCGGGCCUGGUCGGCAGACCACAAGCCCAAAUGUGUUGUGGCCAACUCCUGGGCACCUCUCUCCUUUAGCGAUCCAUUGCCAGUCGUCACAUCUGUAUGCGGAACCUCAAAAGAGUCCUUGGUGUGAAGCAAGAUCACUAGAACACACCUUACCUGUAAACAGAGAGACUCUGAAAAGGAAGGUCAGUGGGAGCAGUUGUGCCAGCCCCGUCAACGGUCCAGGUUCAAAGCGGGAUGCGCACUUCUGUGCAGUCUGCAGUGAUUACGCGUCGGGUUACCACUAUGGAGUCUGGUCGUGUGAAGGAUGCAAGGCCUUUUUUAAAAGAAGCAUUCAAGGACAUAAUGAUUAUAUUUGUCCAGCAACAAAUCAGUGUACAAUAGAUAAGAACCGGCGCAAAAGCUGCCAGGCCUGCCGACUUCGGAAGUGCUAUGAAGUAGGAAUGGUGAAGUGUGGCUCCCGGAGAGAAAGGUGUGGGUACCGCGUGGUGCGGAGACAGAGAAGUUCCGAUGAGCAUCUGCACUGCCUGAGCAAAGCCAAGAAGAGCAGCGGCCACGUGCCCCGAGUGAAGGAGUUGCUGCUGAGCGCCCUGAGCCCGGAGCAGCUGGUGCUCACGCUCCUGGAGGCAGAGCCGCCCAACGUGCUGGUGAGCCGCCCCAGCUCGCCCUUCACCGAGGCCUCCAUGAUGAUGUCCCUGACCAAGCUGGCCGACAAGGAACUGGUACACAUGAUCAGCUGGGCCAAGAAAAUCCCUGGCUUUGUGGAGCUCAGCCUGUUGGACCAAGUUCGGCUCUUGGAAAGCUGCUGGAUGGAGGUGUUAAUGGUGGGGCUGAUGUGGCGCUCAAUUGACCACCCCGGCAAGCUCAUCUUUGCUCCAGACCUCGUUCUGGACAGGGAUGAGGGGAAAUGCGUAGAAGGAAUUCUGGAAAUCUUUGACAUGCUCCUGGCAACGACUUCAAGGUUUCGAGAGUUACAACUCCAACACAAGGAGUAUCUCUGUGUCAAGGCCAUAAUCCUCCUCAACUCCAGUAUGUGCCCUCUGGCCGCAGCAGCCCAGGAGGCUGAGAGCAGCCGGAAGCUGACCCACUUGCUGAACGCCGUGACCGACGCGCUGGUCUGGGUGAUUGCCAAGAGCGGCAUCUCCUCCCAGCAGCAGUCCGUGCGCCUGGCCAAUCUCCUGAUGCUCUUGUCGCACGUCAGGCAUGCCAGUAACAAGGGCAUGGAACAUCUGCUCAGCAUGAAGUGCAAAAACGUCAUCCCAGUGUACGACCUGCUGCUGGAGAUGCUGAAUGCCCACACGAUUCGCGGGUACAAGUCCUCGGUCACGGGGUCAGAGUGCAGCCUGGCAGAGGACGGUGAGAGCAAAGAGGGCUCCCAGAACCCACAGUCUCAGUGACACCUGGCCUUGAGGUGAAGAGGCUCCCAGAGGAGGCCAAAGACUGAAGAAGCGUGGACUCCAGCAUGUCGUGAUCCUGGGUGUUGUCAUCUUCCUGCCAAGCGCUGGCCCCCAUUUGGUUAUGGUAGGCUCAGCUUCCCCCCUUACUGCUCCCAGGAGUCAUGGUAAGAAAGCCACAGUUGUCCUUGUUACCAGGGGGCACACUGGAAUGUGGUGUUUCCAUCUUGAUGGCCUCAUAGGAUUGACACGGUUGGUCCCUUUCUUACCUUCCAUUUCCCUUCCACCCCUUUGAAAAACAUCUUGAAGG